AUGUCCAUCGACGAUGACCCUACCGACUUUGAUGGCUCUCUAGGAAUCCUACCCGUGGUACCUGCCGACUCUUCUCCUCCCAUUUUCAAAGACCCACGAAGCAAUGCAGCCACCGGUGCUUCUGCAGCAGGUGUUCGUGCUUUCACUGCUCAAGCCGUAGCGUUCUACUUCCGGGCUCCUGCGAAAGCUUUCUUCAGAACUCGUGUCGAUUAUCUGGCCUACGCCAAAUCCAUCUCUAGUCAAGAACUCCAGCGAGGCGGUUUCUCCUGGCGCACGACUACUCCGGGAUUGCUCGUCAAUGCAAUCGGAAGCUAUGGAUGGCGUUUCAUCCCCGAUCAGCUGGCUCCGCCACUGCUAGGCAAUCUCGUAGUCGGAGCUGCUCUGUAUACCUCCUACCUCCAGAUCCUGGCUCGUCUGCACGAGCCGUCGGCACAUGCCACAAAGGCGACCUAUCCUCCUCCUUCGCCAAGAGAUACAUUCAUAGCUGGAUUUGCCGCCGGGACCAUUCAAAGCGUGAUCGCUGCCCCACUAGACGCAUUGCAGGUUCGAUUCGAACGAAGGGGGCAGGCAUACGAGAAUAAAACAAUGUGGCAGUACGGAAGAGGCAAGCUACAUGAGAUCGGGUUGCGUGGAAUAUUUGCAGGAUGGGGAUUGUCAUUCAUGAAAGACAGCUUCGGAUCGGGUAUAUUCUUCUGCACUUUCGAAUACAUCAAGGCGCAGGCUUACUACCGAUACGUGCGGUGGUAUUACGGAAGCUUAGAAGAGCCUGCGGUGGACAAGCUGGCAAAAAAAGCCGGGAUGGCUGCGACAGCUAGCCAGCCCAUAGCGACCAUCAGGCCGCACUAUGCCUUGGAGCCUUCGUUCCUCAUGUUGGCGGGCAUGACCGCGUCAAUCACCCAACAGAUGGUGUUGUAUCCCUUGUCGACUGUCCAGACGUUACAUUUUGAGCGACUUGAGGACUUGGACAAGAAAGCUGUCAGGCUGCAGCAGUCCCAAUCACCAAGUCGAGGUCGCAUGUUGAGGGCGUACUAUCAUGCCUACCAGGACACGUGGAGGCAAUCCCAAGCACAGGCAGCGAAGCAGGGAGGUCUCAAGCGGUGGCUUUACAGAGGGUUCUGGUAUUUCACCAUCCGUCAAGUACCGAGCACCAGUGCAGGUUUGAUUAUAUUUGAAUUGAUACGCAGGAAAUAUGGUAUGACUGGGGAUGAGGUGAAGAUCACGCAGGAUGGAUAUGAUAUCCUCUUGACGUAG